AUGCCUUUACUAAAAUUUAUUCAAAAUAUUCUUCAACUAAUCUAUCUUACUAUCAUCCACUGGUAUCAUAGUAUGAGUUCGAUAUUUCGUCGUUGGAAGAAUCGACUACGUUGUUCAAGUAAACGAUAUAUUCAUCAUAGUCGUUCAUCUAUACUCGCUGAUAAUGAAUUUAAAACAGUUAAUAUAACAAUGGAUAAAUUAUUAAAUGAAAAUCGUAUAUUAAGAGAACGAUUUGAUACACUUGAAGAAAGAUGCCAACGAUGGAUUGCAGAUGAACAAAUUUAUUUAUUAAAACGUAUUCAACAAUUAGAAGAUGAAAAUCGUCGAUUACAUGAAAACUAUCAAACAUAUCAAAAACAAAGUGAAAAAUGUAUUGGAUCUGUCACUGAUCUAAUUAUAAAAACACUCUUUACUCAAGAGAUUAAGAAAAUGACAAAACGUAAAAGUUGGUGGCUUCAAAAUUUCUUUGGUCAAUGUAUUUUUUCGCAUGAUGAUGAUUUAUCAAAUCAGGAAUUAAGAAAACAAUGCACUGAUCUACAUCAUGUGAUUGAUACAGUUCAAAUGAGAACAAAUACACCACAAAAGGAAUCAAUAAUUCAAAGCAAACGUAGUGUUUCAUGUCAAUUGACAUCCAAUCCAUCGAAUAUUGAAAAUCGACAUACUACAAAUGACCAAUCUACAUGGUUUCAUCAGCAAUUAAUGAUUGUCGAAGAGAAUGAUCAAAAGACAACAAAUCAACCAUCACACUUACACAUUAGUGAAAGUCAAUCAAGUGUUUAUUCUUCUGCAAUGGCUACUAUUAAAUCUAAAUCUCACAUUCCAUCAACAGGUCUUACUAAUGAAUUUUAUUUUGUAUCACAUAAACCUGAUGGUGAUAAUGAAAAAACACCACCAGUAUUAAUGCGUAGUAAACAUCGUUCAUCAAAUCUUCAAACUAUACCUAUUGAUAAUAUAUCAUCAACAUUAAAUAAUCGUCGUCCAAUAUCAUCACCUGUACGUUCUACAACAUAUGUUCUUCAACAACAUCAUAGAGUUCAUAAUAAUAAUAAUAAUAAUAAUAAUAUUAAUCAGAAGAAAAUUUCAUCACCUGUACAUCUACCGCCAUCAUCAGCAACACCAAUGACAUUAAAUAAAAAUCGACAAAUACAACAGCAACGUACCAAUUCCAAUCAUGAAAAGUUACCAUUAUCAACAGUUGAUUCAACAAUAACAAAUCAACACCUUACUUCUCGUACACAUACUGUAUUAACACCACGUCGUACGUCACCCAUGAUUAAAAAUACACCAAUAAAGACAGCAACAUCUACAUCAAGGUCCCCUCGCAUUGCAAAUACUCCACCAAUUCGUUCUUCUCGUCCAUCAGCACCAACACCACCAACACCAAUUCAACAACGUUCGCCACGUAUUCAACUUCGUCCUUCAAAUUUAACACCAACAUCUCAACGAACCAUAUCAUCAUCUCCAACAACAAAUAAAUCAAUUCGUCCUCAAUAUACAUUAUCAAAAUCACCUGACAAAUUACGAUCUGCUAAUGGUACAGUAACACGUCCACGACAACCACAAACGAUUGUUAAAAAAUCUAAAUUAAAUAAUACAAAUACUACAACUAAUAAUAUUAAAACACGUACAUCUGUUGUUGUUCAAUCUGCAUCAUCAUCAGUAGCAACUCCUCGUGUUUCUGAUCUUGAUGCAUUAAUGGCAGAAAAACAUAUUAUUAAUAAUAAUAAUAAUAACAAUGAUGAUGAUAAUAAUAAUAAUAAUAAAACAUCACAUAAUAUUGAAUUAAAAUCAACAAUUAUUUUUCCACCACCAAUAGUUAAUAAUAUUCGACGUUCAUUAUUUUCAACAGAUUCUGUUAAAGUAGUUCGACCUGUUCGUAGUCAAGAAUUAAAACUUUUUUCUUAUCAUUUAAUUACUGAACCAUUAUCAUUACCACAACCAUCACCAGCAUCUAAUGAAAUAUCAUGUGAAUCAAAUAUUGAUGAUACACUUUCAACUUUAACUCCAUUAUCAGCAGGACAAAUAAUAGAUAAUAAAUUUGUUGAUAAUGAAAUCAUUAUAAAAAAUGAUGAUGCAUCGUCUAUUACUUCUGUUAUUACACGUGAUCUUUCUGAAGAUAGUCUUAAUGAACAUUAUCAUAUUAGAAAGUUACUUAAUGAUAAUGCAUUAACUUCAGCAAUUAACAAUGAUAAUAUACAAGAUAGUUCAUCAAAUGAAGAUAUUCCUGUAACAUCAUGGUCACGUAUACGUUCAUCAUGUGAAAGUAAUAUAUCACAUAUUGUACCAUUAAAAAGUGAAACAUCAACAAGUCCAGCUUUAUAUAAUGGUCCUAUACGACAAGAAGAUAUUCAUAUGGCUAGUGAUGGACGAUAUUUUCUUUUGAUUGAUGAUAAUUUAAGUAGUGAAGAAAGUCAAUUAAAUAAAACAACGUCAUCAUCAUUAUUAUCUCGGUCGAUUUCACCAUUGAUAAAAACAUCAAUAACAUCAUUAAAAAAAGAUAAAAAUCUUAUACAUCGUUUAGUAUUUCCACCACGUCUUGGUCGAAUAUUAUUUUAUCGUCGAAUAUUAUCAGAUUCAGAUAUAUAUCAAAAACUUUGUUCAAAAGAUAAUGAAAUUAAUCAUAAUGUAUAUCAUUUAGAUACAAUACGUGAUUAUUCAAUGGAAUUUUAUAUGUUAACAACAUAUGCUUCUGAUUCACAAUUACGAGCUUGGCUUGAUAGUAAUUAUGAUGAUAUUGUCAAUAAUACUUGUUAUUUCGAUGAUAAUCGAUAUCAAUCACUUGAUGAUGAUGAUGAUGAUGAUGAUGAUGAUGAUUUAGAUAGAAAUCAAAUAAAAAUGAAUAGUAGUAGUGAUAGUAUUAUUCGUGAAGACGAUUUAAGUCAUUUACAAGGUGAUGAAGAACUUGAUUGGUAUUCUGAACUUGAAUCAUUUAAUAUAUCACCAAAUAAUCCACAGUGGAAACAUGAAAAUGUAUCAAGUUGUUCAAGUGAGGAUCAUGUUGGAGAAUUAUUACGUGCUGAACAGUUUUCUGUAUCGAGUUUAACAACAACAACAUCAGCUGAUUCAUCAAGUUCAACUGGCCUAAUAUCAGCUUCAUGGCCAUUAACAAAUGGUAUUAAUUAUCAAGUUCAUUGUCAGCGUUCAUCUCAAUCUCUAAAUUCUCCUCCAUUAUCAAACUUUGAUGAUCAAAGUCAUACAAUUUUAAAAGAAAUUUUAACAUAUCCAUGGACAAAUGAAAUAUCAAAUACAAAUAUCAAUCGUCAAGAAACAAGAAAUGAUCAUACUGAUAAUCAUACAUCAUCAUCUAUUGUUCCUGAUGAAUUUCAACCUGAUUUCUAUUAUUUAUGUCCACUUAAAAAUACCACAAGUUUUGUUAAAACCGAUGAAAAAUCCAAUGGUAUUCAAAGACAAUUAUCCCAUGAUGUAUAA